AUGCCUCGAAUUGUAGACGAAGAUGUCGAAAUGCAUGAUGAACCCUCCCCGGCCUCUUGGGUUCCCCACUCCUCCAUCUUGAAAGCUGGUCGCCAGUUAUCUACCUGGUUCUUCUCCAACCCAGCAUGUACCUUCCCAGCACCGCCAGUAAUCGGCGCGCAGAACACAGAACGGACAGACUCACCGCACAGUCUCCCUCGCGAUGCGCCUGUGGAUAUGGAUAUCGACACUGCACCUCCGCCGAAAGUGCAUGUCAAUUCGCUCCCGGUCGAGAUGCUUCGCGAGAUAUUUUUCCAUUACACCCAUACCGUCAACUCGCCCCUUCCUGAAGCCGAUAUCCGCCCUGGCCGACAUCGAAAAAGCCUCCUUAAAUCGGGAAGAGUUGGCGUCAGGUGGAAGGCAUCGACCAAUCCAAUGACUUUGGGCCACGUUUGCAGUUAUUGGCGCGCCCUGGUGCAGUCCAUGCCUACACUGUGGACCACCAUCUCCGUCACCUCUCCGAUGCCGUCUGAUGUGUCCUACUUCGCCAAAUGGCUGGAGCUUUCCGGAGACAUGCCCCUUCGGCUGGUUAUUUCCGAUAAGACCCCAGGGGGACACCCAGACAGAGGAAUUCGUGGUGUGAUGCGUCUUGCAUUUGCCCACAGCCGCAGAUGGAAGGACGUCUCCCUCCACCUUUGCGAUGCUAUUGGUAUGGAUUUCUCAUCCUUUAUCAUCCCGGCCACAAGGACCGACUUCCACCUUUUGGAGCACUUCGAGCUGGACAUUGCACAUGCGACUCCCGAACAGGUAGCAGCGUUGUGUGCCACGGUGUACUCAGCCGCCCCGAAGCUGGAAACUGUCCGCUUCGGCGCGUCGAUGGUCGACGUCGAUAUUUCGUCAAUGCCUUGGGGUCGUCUAACCAAUGUCGAGCUCAACGUCAUCAGUGGAUCCCAGAUACCCCAGGUUUUAGCAGCAAGCGGAAACCUGCAAAAAUUGGCGAUACAGCUCAUCAGCGGUCCCACUGACUCCCUCUCCGACACCUAUACCUUGCCUCUCCUCGAAAGCAUCGCAUUGGGCAAGGUUGAUGAUGCAAGCAACAUCCUUGCUGCAAUCCGAGCCCCUUCCCUUCGUGAGCUUCGCCUGUUGCGCGGCUUUGGUUUAUGUCCACCCAGAAAUGCCUGGCUCAAAGCCUCUCCGGCGUUGAUUCAAGCUGGGUGCAAGUUGGAGUCUUUCUACGUCGCGAACCUUGACAUGGAAGAGGGGGAAGACAUUCUCAUCGACAUGCUCCAUUGCCCCGCCAUGGCCUCUCUUCGAGCGCUUACCAUAGCAUCUAGGGUUACCGACAAACUCCUUCGGUCCCUUGUCUCAACGCCAACUCAUCCAAACACCCUACCACUCCUUGAAGCUCUGACCCUAUCUACUGUAACCCCACCUGACGGAGAACUUUCUGCCAUGAUUCGAUCCCGGACGGGUCACAACGGUGCACUACGCUUCGUACAUGCUAGUCUAUACAAACCUCACCACGCAUUGUCCUCGUCGACUCGAUUCCCGGGUGUACAGAUUACAUUGGAACACAUGCACUAG